AAUUGUUAACCAGUACGUUCAUUCGGAGAAGACUAAAUUCACUUUCUCAACAUGGCAAAUAAAAAACAUAAUGAAAGUCAACAAAAUUUAGACAGGGACUGGACCUUAGCAAAUAUCGAGGAAGAGUUUGACCGCAUUGAUCGUCUUAUGACUGAUGGGAGUACACAUGAUAUAGCUGAAAAUUUAGCUCUACAGACCAAACUGUUAAAGAUUAAAAUGGAUAGUUUCCUGCAAUCUUCUUAUGAACGUGUAGAAUUCUACAUGAAUGAAAUGUCUCGUCUUAAUGCUCUUUCGCACAAAGAGAAUAUUCGUGUAUCUGAUGGCAAAUGCCAAUUAAAAAAUUAUUGUUCGAAUUUCUCACUUCCUACAAUCCGUGAGGAAACAGCUGAGGAACUUGUCGAAUAUAAAAAUUAUAAUGUCAAAAAUGCUGCUGUCCUUUAUAGCAAGAGAUCAAAAAACUCCUCCUCCGAUCCUAAUGAUGACUCAAUUGGUAAAACUAACUCUCCUUCCACCGGUGAUGGUACAAAUACUCGUGGGAAAGGAAAACGCCUGUAGUCAUUUAUAAUUAUUAAAAAAUAAUUAAA